CUAACCGCCCUCUCUUCUCUAUCUAUCUAUUCAUCAUCUCUUUCUCUUGGAGCUCAUCGAAGAAGGAGAGCAAUGGGGACGAUCUCGUCCAAGAACCAGGAUAGCUCCUCUAAUGGCCUUAGGGACGCUGCUGGGGAUGGAGUUUUCUACGUCUCGCUUAAGAUGGAGAACCCCAAGAUCGCCGGUGAUCUCAUCCCUCAUGUUUUCGGCUCUCUUCCGAUCAUCGGUUCUUGGGAUUCAUCUAAAGCGCUGUCGAUGCAAAGGGAGUCCGCCUCGAUGUGGGAGCUCAGCUUCAUUGUGCCUCCGAAUCAUGAAACCCUGGAUUUCAAAUUCUUGCUGAAGCCGAAGAGUAGUGGAGAGCCGUGCGUGGUGGAGGAGGGGCCGAAUCGGUUGUUGACGGGAGGGUCUCUUGAGGGGGAUGCUAGGAAUGCGUUGUUUCGAACUGGUGGUGGGGAUGAUGAGGCUCUGGAGUAUAAGGUUUUCAUUAAGGCGGAUAUUGUUUCUCCCUUUGAUCUUGCGGCGAGUUGGAGGGCUUAUCAGGAGAACCUCAAGCCAUCAACUGUGCGUGGGAUCCCUGAUGUCAGUAUUAACUCUGCCCCAGAAACAGAAUUUGAGGUUGGUUCCUUGGAACUUGACUUAGAACACUAUGUUGUUCCAGCACCAGCUUCUGCCUGCUCUGGUGCUGUUUAUGCUGCUAAUUUGGCCGAGACUCCAAGAUAUCUGCGUUCUGGAAUUUUCUCUAAAGGUGAUGCUUCAAGCAGUUCUCAUGGUUCAAGUAAAGGCAAUGUUCUUUCUGCUGAACAUGUUGCCUCUAGAAAGGAUAUUGAGGUCAUUGUCCCAGAUCAUUCUAAAAUUUUUUCUUCUUCUGGAAUGGUUGAAUCCAAAUCAGUCAGCACAUUUUCACAAUUACAGAAGCAAGAUGGCCAAAGGGGCCUCUUUGUAGAUAGAGGUGUGGGCUCUCCUAGGCUUGUUAAAUCAGCUAGUGCAAGUGCAUUCCCAAAUGACCUAAAACUGGACACUGAAGAAAAGAAGGCUAUGCCAGCAGCAGCUGGGGCUGUUCAAGCAGCUGCUAUUGCUGAUCGGAUGCAUGGACCAAAGGAAGACCGUAAAUUGGCAAUUGUGCUGGUUGGGUUGCCAGCUAGAGGCAAGACUUUCACUGCUGCCAAACUCACUAGAUAUCUCCGCUGGUUAGGUCAUGAAACAAAACAUUUCAAUGUUGGCAAGUAUCGUCGACUCAAGCAUGGAACAAAUCAGUCAGCUGAUUUUUUCCGGGCGGACAAUCCAGAAGGUUUGGAGGCUCGCAAUGAGGUUGCGGCUCUAGCGAUGGAUGAUAUGUUAAGUUGGAUGCAAGAAGGGGGGCAGGUUGGUAUAUUUGACGCAACUAACAGUUCAAAGACGCGAAAUAUGCUCAUGAAAAUGGCUGAGGGAAAUUGCAAGAUUAUAUUUUUGGAAACAAUUUGUAAUGAUGUAAGCAUUAUUGAAAGAAAUAUACGUCUGAAAAUUCAACAAAGUCCUGAUUAUGCUGAACAGCCUGAUUUUGAAGCUGGGCUGGAGGACUUCAAAACACGCUUAGCCAAUUAUGAAAAGGCCUAUGAAUCGGUAGAAGAAGGUUCAUACAUCAAAAUGAUUGAUAUGGCCAGUGGACAAGGUGGGCAGAUACAAGUGAAUAAUAUUAGUGGAUAUCUUCCAGGCAGGAUUGUCUUUUUCUUGGUAAACACACAUCUUACUCCACGUCCCAUUUUGCUUACUCGUCAUGGUGAGAGUCGAGAUAAUGUUAGAGGAAGAAUUGGAGGUGACACAGCUCUGAGUGAGGCUGGGGAAGUAUAUGCGAAGAAAUUGGCCAACUUUGUGGAGAAGCGGCUGAAAUUUGAGAAGACAGCUUCUAUAUGGACUAGCACUCUACAGAGAACAAUAUUGACUGCAAGCCCAAUUGUUGGAUUUCCAAAGAUACAAUGGCGUGCUCUGGAGGAGAUAAAUGCUGGAGUAUGUGAUGGGAUGAGUUAUGAGGAGAUAAGGAAAAACAUGCCUGAGGAAUAUGAAUCCAGAAAGAAGGACAAACUGCGGUAUCGAUAUCCUCGUGGAGAAUCAUAUCUUGAUGUCAUUCAGAGGUUAGAACCUGUAAUUAUUGAACUUGAAAGACAGCAUGCACCAGUUGUUGUUAUCUCCCACCAGGCUGUCUUGAGAGCACUGUAUGCAUAUUUUGCUGACAGGCCUUUGAUAGAAAUACCACAUAUUGAGGUACCUCUUCACACUAUAAUUGAGAUUCAAAUGGGGGUUACUGGUGUCCAAGAGAAACGGUACAAACUCAUGGAUUAAGUUCAUAUCCAUGCACAUGAUGGAAAGGAAGCAUAAGCUGAUGCCAAUUUUCCCUUCAAGAUCAAAUCUGAUGGAAAUAUCAUUUAUUUACCAGGUCAGGCUUGAAAGCAAGCCUCUCCAACCCUUUGUAAUGACAACCAUUAUCUAUAUAAACUCGUAACUCUAGUCCCAGAGGCUACAACAUCACUAUAGUAUAAAUCAUCAAGAUCUACUCCAUGCCUUGCAACUACUUAUUUUUUUCUACAUAUCAUUAUGAUUGUUGUACCAGUGAACACAAACAAGAAAAAAAGACAUGAAGUUGGGGGAAUCACAUGCAAAAGUUGAAAGUGGCUCUGCACUAUUUUUUAUUUUUAUUUUUAUUGUUUGAUCUUGUUUCCAUUAUGGAUUCUCUUGCAGUUCAUAUGCUUGGCGAGGAGUAACUUUGUCUCAUUUUGAAGAAUGAAACUCAGAAUCUUUGUCUUUGCUUUAGUUUAAUUUGUGGAAAAGCAUUUCACUGAUGACUGCUGCUGAUAAGUGAUGUGCAGGAAUUGCGUGGCAUUUGAGGAUCGACUUGAUUUCAGCGUUGCAUAAAGAACAAUGACAAGUGGAGCCCCUUGCAGCUAUCUCAAGGUACAUUAUUCCAGCUUUUCAUGUAGAGGCCUGGUCGCACUCUAGUAGUACUCGCUCCCAGAAAUUGCUGAAGACAGCCACACCUAUGGUCUGUUGCCGUUUCUCUGUCAGACAAAUUUCCCUUGGACUGACCCAAUCACAACACAGUGUUCAUCAAGCAGCUAGCUUGUUAUUGGUUUCAGUUCAUCGUAAGGACCAAGUGUUGCUGCAUUUGGAAGGUAAAACCUGAUUUUCAUUGUGACCUAUAAUUACUUAAUGAACUAUUUUUGUAAAUUUCUGCCUAUUGGCAUGUUUUGUGUUUCUGUGUUUCUUCCAUCACAUUUGACUGAUAUGUGAGAUUACUUGGAUACAAUCAGAGAGCUUCUGCAUAUUAGUUGAUUUAAACUUGAGCUCUGGAUCUUAAAGAUGUGCACUGUGACUACGUAAUCAUACUUCCAAAACAUAAUAUCCUUUGAAGUUUCAUCCAGCAUUUAUCUAUAUAAUCUGGGCUUUCCCUAUCACCCACGAGUGCUUGCGGUAGUCUGCUCAAGCCAUGGGGACCUCCCUUGUACUGACUCUUCUUCAAGAUCUCCUGCAUGCGGUAACAACCUGCUUUAUCAUGAUGAAGACCUUUCUAUGCUCCAUGCCUUUCUCAUCAGGCAAGUUCACUGCCUGCCUAAGACACGCUGCUUGUUUCAGCUGGCCAUGCCAGGCAUGUCCAAGGUCUCACAAUUUUGUGUGUGCUUCUGUUGCUGGUUGCAUCAAUUAAAGGCUUUAUUUGUGCAUAUUGUGCCUUGUUCACCAAAGACCUGUAUUUGUUGAAGGAAAAUGGUGGAAUUAGGUCAGAGCCUGAAAUGCUAACAUGAAGGGAUGUUCUUUUUCCUUUUCUCUCAAAGAUUUCCUUCUGAAAACCAAGUGCUGAGCUUGUACAGACCGACGUUUGGCUGGCUCAUGUAAGACGGUGCGCUAGGUUCUGUUUCAGCCGUUCAUGGAACUCUUAACUGUAUUGUUAUGUUCUCACUUUGAACCUGAAGACACAUCAGGGUAGUUACUUUUAUUUUAAAUAAAUAAUGUAUUCAAAAGGUUCUGGUAUUUCUGUGUAUUAAUUUAGAGCAGCAACCCAGUAUCAAUUAUAGCAAACCAUGUUACGUGGUCUUCAA